AUUUCGACAACGGCGACGGCCCCGAUGCAACGGCCCCGUUGCGACGACACCAACCGGGGCGGGUCAAUUACUUGUUAUUACUGUCUUGAUGUGAUCAAUGACUGGCAGCCAUCUACUCACCGUCAUCUGCGCCACGGACUCGUAAUCAAUCACAUCUUGACGCCCUCACGCAACUUCAGAGUUCGACUAUCCGAGCUUAACUACGUCGCCAAGAUGUCACGACUGACGGGUUCCAACUCGAGACUUUACCCACCUCGAUGGCUUCAUCUACCUCAUUUGCGCAGUCCACGGCAUCCAGUGAUGCAAAGGGGGUUUGUCUGUGUCGACAAUGUCUGUCAUGUGGAGUACGGGUCAGCUUUGACGUCGCCGACGCACACAAUCUGAUACACAUCUCGUCUCAACGCCCGCGCCCAAAGUUUAGCCUCAUCAGCUUCUAGAUUCUUCUUGCCCUCCAUUGUUUCAGCUUGGCAUUUUUAUUAAAUCCUGUGCUAUCGUCAUCAUGGCUGAUGCUGAGGAGAUGAGUCGAGUGACCCAUCUUGCCAGCUUGAGAUAUCGUGCUUCUUCUCCAUCCUCACAGCACACGUCCAAACAUGGGCCUGUACCAAAGACGGCAGCUUCGUGCCGCCGUAUCUCUGCUCUUAUACCCCUUUGCCUUCGCAGUCCUACUCACAUUCACAGCAAAACUGCUCUUCGGCGGGCGCCCGACCUCGCCUCCUCCACCAGUGACAGCACCCAGCCAUGGUAGCCCCGAGCACCAGCCCGGCGUAAUAUCCAAGGCCCUCGUGGUCGCCUCAACCAAAAACGACGACACAGCCUGGCUCUCCGAGAUCCCCCCAGCACUAAACUGGACCGUAUACCACUACCGCGUCGACGACCCCAUAACCCCGGCCCUCAGCGUGCCCUCGAGGAAGGGGAACGAGGCAAUGGUCUACCUGACCUACAUCAUCGACAACUACCACUCCCUCCCGGACCUCAUCUUCUUCCACCACGGCCACCCGCGCGCCUGGCACCAGAAGCUCACCAGCGCCGAGGAGGUCGCCCGCCUGCGCCCAGGGUACGUCCUCAGGGCCGGCUACGCCUCCGCCCGCUGCCUGCCCGGCUGCGAGAACGUCGUGCCCCUCGAGGGCGGCGAGCCCGCCCCGAGCAUGGCCGCCCUGCCGCUCAUGUCCAGGCGGGACCACCUCGUCACGCUGCUGGAGAACUUCCUCGAGCCCGCGCGGUUCCCCGAGCUCGAGGGGGCCGUCCCCAGGCAGCUGGCGGCGCCGUGCUGUGCGCAGUUUGCCGUCAGCCGGGACCGGGUGCUGCGCAGGGAGAGGGAGUGGUGGCUCAAGCUGCGGGAGUGGCUUAUCGAGGCGCCGCUGCCGAGCAUGAAUUCUGGGCGGCUGAUGGAGCAUCUUUGGCAUGUGUGGUUUGGUGUCGAGGCCGUGCAUUGUCCAAGCCUCGAGGCUUGCCAGUGCCACGUGUUUGGCCUUGGCGAUAACUGUGAGAGCUACUUCGAGCAGGAGAAGUACAUGUGACGGAAUACAGUGGGCUGGUCUCUGGUUUCACCCAUCGACGACUCCCGGAUAGGAUUAGCAUGAAAUGCCCGCCGAACCAGCUCAGCUAUUCCCGGCCUUUGAGUAAAUCCUGGGAGUCCACUGCAUUGCAUGCCUGGUUCUUGGUCUCAGCCCCGUCAGCCUUAUCUCUGAUGAGCAAAGAACUUCGGAACAUGUUCAUGUCCACAACUGCGACCAAAUGUGUCACCAGUCGAUCGCCUGACUCACAGGAGUAGGCCAGUACCUCGUUCCUCGGGUUGUUGCCACCAUCCUCGAAACUGCUACAUCCAGCUCGUAAGGUGGCACACGAUGAUGUGCCCCGACUCCUGAUUCCAAGCGCCUCCCUGCAUGCGAAACCAGCCAUCGCCCGACGAGCAUCGAUGACCACCAUCUCAGAUCAACCCAGCUUCGGCCCAGGCACAUCAUUAACAAAGUGCUUCAUCAUCACGCUGUUGUUCUUGCGCUCCAUCCUACCUGUUCCACAACAAAAAUGUCAGCGCACACCUUGUCACCCGAAAAAAGAAGGAAAAGGGGGCAACAAGCAUCACUUCUUGAUGGUCCUGUUGCCCCGAAGCUCGACCUUACUCCAGUAUACGCGCGCCUCGUGCCGCGCCCUGUCCUGCUGCUUGAACUGCCGCAGCACCACGGCCCUCUGCUCCGCCGCGGGCAGGUGCGCCAGCGCCGCGCGGUCGCCGACCGACAUCUGGGCCAUCGCGACCGCGAGCGACGACCUGC